CAGUUCCUGAAUGCAUUUGUCAUUAAAAGGAGGUGGAGAGAGUGGGAGGGGGCUGUCAAUAAUUCAGUAUAUAACACCCAUUCUCAACAUGACCACUCCAAAGCAGACUGUGUAAUACUGGGCAGUGAAUGUAAAGAGUAAGCAACAAGAAACUACAGCAAGAAUUUAGCUUUUAAACAAAAUGUCUAUCACAUGGAGUUUGAUGAACAUUUCAAAAGGACAGCAGUUUUCCCUAAUGCUGUGUGUGCUGUGUUUGAUUGUUCAAUGGAAUUGUCAAUGUUCAGCACAACAGCAAGCCACAAAUUCAACCAGCACUCCAGCAGUGAACAAUAGUAUAACAGAUGAAAGUGCAUUGAAUACUUCCACUGAAAAUUCAACUAGCAGAUCAAUAACAGAUGGUCAGGUCACUGCCACUGUGACACUACAUGGACACAAUCACACUGAAGCUACUCCACGUCCUACAACAGAUUCACCUCCUCUCAUUGGGAAAAAUGGGUCAGCAAAAGGAAAGCAGACUGCUAAGGAGCAUUCCAAACCUGGCUCCCCUAAGGUGCUAAUCUCAUUACUUGUCAGUGGAUUGUUUCUUGCUGCAAUGAUUCUGGUUGGACAUUAUCAGAUGAACAAGCGGUCCCAGAGCCCACAGAGCAAGAGACUGGAUGAGGAGCCCGAUGCACAGGAUCAUGAUAGCACAAUGUUUUCUGUUGCUUCAGAGGACCAAUCAGUUGCAAAUGAGAAGCCAAAACUGAAUGGAGAGGCACAGGAGAAUGGGGAGAACCAAAAAGCUACAGCAGGAGAGCCGACAGGAAAUGGUCAUCAGAGGAAAGAAGCAGACACAGAACUCUAAUGCACAACGGAAAGAAAUGGAGAUAUCAUUGUCCGAUUCUCUUAAUUAUGACCCCAUGCCAGGUACUAUACAUUUGGCUUAAAGAAGUGAAGAUAAGUCUUUUAAUUGUAAGAUGAAAUUAACAGUUGCAAGGCUGCCCUUGUACUCUUUGACCUGGUUUUCAAUUUGCUGUUCAUAAAAGUAACGUGCAAAUUGAUUUUUCAGUGGCAGGUGGUGAACCUUGCAGUUAAAAUAAGCUUCAGCACAAGAUAACAAGGUGAUUAAUGGUUGCUGGUGUAGUGGGUCAUUAAAGGCAGGAUAUAAUUAAUUAAGGUAAUAUGCAGGAUGAAUUUCUACAUUUGAGCGCUGAUUCAAUACCAUCACCUGAUGUUGUUAGUGAAACGUUCUGUUUUCCCCAUCAGUGAGAUGCCUCAACUUGAUGAGUUGAUAUCCAGUUGGAAUAACGGCUUGUCAGAUCACAUUAGGUGCAUUCAGACGCAAACACAAGUUAAUGUACCCGGUGCGGCUUUCUCUACAUUGGGGAAACCAAGCGGAGGCUUGGAGACCGCUUUGCAGAACACCUCCGCUCAGUUCGCAACAAACAACUGCACCUCCCAGUCGCAAACCAUUUCCACUCCCCCUCCCAUUCUCUAGAUGACAUGUCCAUCAUGGGCUUCCUGCAGUGCCACAAUGAUGCCACCCGAAGGUUGCAGGAACAGCAACUCAUAUUCCGCCUGGGAACCCUGCAGCCAUAUGGUAUCAAUGUGGACUUCACCAGUUUCAAAAUCUCCCCUUCCCCAACUGCAUCCCAAAACCAGCCCAGUUCGUCCCCUCCCCCCACUGCACCACACAACCAGCCCAGCUCUUCCCC